AUGUAUGGGGGUGAUGGUGCUGUUGUGGCGGCGACGGAGGGGCUGUGGUCGGAGGAGGAGAUGGAUCUGUGGUCGGUGACAGUUACCAUGGAGUCUCCGCCAGAGGCAUCAAUUGCUCGCACGAUUUCAAAAACCUCUCCAGCGCAGCGGAGAGGCGCGAUGUUGGACGGCAAAAGAUCAAUCUUGAAGGCCGUUGCAGAACUUCGCGCAUACACCAAGUUCUGCUACUAUGACAACUACAACCUCUCUCAGCCCCGCCAUUUCUGCAAGUCAUGUCACCGGUACUGGACCCGUGGUGGGACCUUCGGAACGCUCCCAUCGGCGACAGGACCUGGGUUGAAUGAAAUGGGGUUUGGACUUGGUAUCGCGGUUUGGCCUUGUUGCAGAGAACUCCACGGUGGCGCGUGCUGUGAUACCCUUAAUUUCGGAGACAUAGGUUGA